UCAGGACGCGAUGGUUACCCGGGGCCUCUUGGUUUGGAUGGCAAACCAGGACCUCCAGGACCAAAAGGGGAAAAGGGUGAAGCAGGGGACAUCGGCCCGAGGGGUGAUCAAGGUCGAGAUGGAGCCACUGGUCCCCCUGGUCCUCCAGGACCCCCAGGUGCCCGGGGGCCUCCUGGUGACACGGGAAAAGAUGGCCCAAGAGGACCUUCAGGCCCCCCUGGUUUCAAAGGCGAGCCGGGAGAGGAUGGCCUCGUGGGUGCCAGGGGACCUCCUGGACCAAAGGGUGAGCCUGGCAUCCAAGGCAAAAAGGGUGAUGAUGGGAUCCCUGGGGAACCAGGACUUAUGGGCCCUAAGGGAGAAAAAGGAAGCGUGGGUCCCAAGGGAGAGAACGGCACAGAUGGCUUGCCAGGACCCAAGGGUGAACCUGGUGAGAAGGGAGGAAUUGGCUCCAUUGGACCCCGGGGUCCCCCCGGCCUGAAAGGGGAACAGGGUGACACCGUAGUGAUCGACUACGAUGGCCGAAUCCUGGAUGCGCUCAAGGGUUCGCCAGGUCCCCCAGGGCCACCGGGCCCCCAGGGUGCUCCAGGUCCCAAGGGAGAGCUGGGCUUGCCGGGUCCACCUGGACUGGACGGUGAAAAGGGUCCCAAAGGAGCAAAGGGUGACCAGGGCAGCGUAGGAAUCGCGGGACAGAAAGGAGAGACAGGAGAAAUGGGCUUAGCGGGUCCACCGGGAGCAGAAGGGCCAAAAGGAGACAAAGGAGAAAAAGGAGACACCGGGUCACCAUGUUUGCAGAAUAAUCAUAUCAUACCUGAGCCUGGACCCCCCGGAUUACCCGGCCCUAUGGGUCCUCCAGGAAUCCAGGGGCCUAAAGGCUUGGACGGGGCAAAGGGAGAAAAAGGUGACAGCGGUGAGAAGGGGGACCACGGCGAUGCUGGACCCGCUGGUCUCCCGGGUGCUCCAGGGCUCAUCGGUUUACCCGGUACCAAAGGAGAGAAGGGAAAGCCAGGGGAGCCAGGAUUGGACGGUUUCCCAGGUCUCAGAGGAGAGAAAGGAGAGAGAAGUGAAAGAGGCGAGAAGGGUGAGCGAGGAAUACCAGGGAGAAAAGGAGCCAAAGGGCAGAAGGGGGAACCAGGCCCUCCCGGACUGGAUCAGCCUUGUCCUGUGGGACCAGACGGACUGCCAGUAGCAGGAUGUUGGCAUAAGUGAUCUCUAAGCAUGAAGCACAAUAUGUAAAUAAUGUGAUAUAUUUUGAUCUUUUUAAUUUUUGUAUAAAAAAAGGAAAAAAAAAAACUUUCAACAGUAAUAUAUUGACCUUUUUUUAUACUGGAUUCUGUCAUUUAUGGACUUUGAAAAUACUGUAAAGCUCCCAAACCCGUAAGAUACGCAUGAUAACAUCAGGAUUUGAUAAAGGUACCAAUGACAGUAGCUGGGAAUGAACAGUUAAUGUUGCUGCGUGAACUAACAGUACUGAGACAGCGUGUUGCCUAGUGUGCCUUAUCACAUGAAGGAGGGAGAAAUCCCUGUCCUAACUUGGCUCUCAACUCUGUAUUUGCCUUGCACAUGCACAUUAAAAGGGUGAAAAAAACUGGCUGAAAACAAAGAAGAAAAAAAGGAUGCAGCCCUAGAAAUGAAAGAAGCUGCUGUAUACCAUCUGGUCAAACAAGAGAAGGACUUGCCACUUGCAGAGGAAACAAAGCCAAGCUCCAUUCAUUGCUACCUGCUGUUGAUAUGAUGGAAAUAGCAAUUCUUUGGCUAAACAGAACAACCUUGACUACCUGUGGUUAUUUCCACUACUAUCAAGAAAAGCUUUUUUUUCUCAAGAGGAAGCACCUCUGGGUCCUGUUCUGGGGUCUGUGGCUGAAGAUGUGCAAGCGCUUUAUUACUGUGGAAUCCAAAUUCCCCAAGAAACCUCCACUGCAGAAUUUCAAAACACAAAAACCGAGUAAUACUUUCAGUGUAGAGAGUUGCAGGACAGGGAGGGCUCUGCUGAAGUAUUUUCUGAAACAACAGAGCACAUAAUGUUGCUGUUGGGCUUCCCAAAACUUGGGAGUUUGGAGUAUUUAAUUGUCUUGGUUUGUGGGGUUCAUUUGCAUUUGAUUUUUCUUGGUUUACGUGGUUUUAAUUGUAAACUCUGUAACUCUGCACACCCCUCUUGUCUCUUCCUUCUCUCCCCUUUUUCGCUCUUUCUUUAAAUUAUCUCAUCUCAGGCACAUCCCAUGCAGAGCAGGGUAAUGAAUAAAAGGAGGAUUAUGAUUUUGGUAUCUUCAUAUGGCAUUAAACGAGAUCAGUUUAAAAAUUGCCACCUAUUAUGCUGUUCACAUUUUUAAAGAUGUUGGAAAAAACAGAGACUUUGCAGUAAAGAGCCAUAAAAAAAUUAUUUCAGGGAGGAAGAAAAUGGCUUACAGCCAAGUCUGUUCAGCUUACAAUGAAGAUCAAGAGGCAAUUGGAUUCCUUUACAGGGAGGAGAUACUUUAUAUUAACAAGUUCUUAAACUGAACAGAGAAAGAUGUACAAAUAUCCGUCCAAUGGGUAGAAGCUGAAGCUAUGCAAAAUCAAAUAAAACAAGCCAUGGAUUUUUAAAGGUGAUACUGGUUAAUCCUAACCAGACCAGUGAUGUAAUCUCCAUCACUUUAAUGCCUUUUUGAUUCAACAGAUCAUUUCUGGAGGAAAUACUUUAGCCCAAUGCAAGUUGCUAGGCUCUUUGUAAGAGUCUUAGGUGAAAUUAAGAGCCUGACCACGAUAUCAAACCAGAUGAUAUCAGGGCCCUUUGUGGCCUUGAUCUUAGAGAAUACAGAAGGGAGUUAUUUUUUGCGCACUGAGUAGAUCCAAACCCUCUAUUAGAUCCUUGUUCCACCGCAAGUCUUAUGGUAGCUACUGCCAGAGAGGACUUGAGAGAGGGAUGCGACCACCCAGGGGCAAUCUGCCCUGUACAGGCUGACCUAGCACGAAGGUAGCUCUUGCUCCGAUAUUCUGAAGAACAGUAGGAACAUGCUCAGUGCUCCACGCAGGCAGGGUGAUGACUGACUGAUGUCUGUGCGUUCUUAUCUGUGACUGGGUCCUAGGUGUCCUUGAGCUGACCUUUUAGUCAGCUGGGAGCAUUUGUUAUCUGCUGGCAAAUGCUGCAACAGCCAUCUAGCUUGCUAGACGUGGACACAAAAGACUUAUGGCUGUAGGCAGUGAACUUUUGUUACCUUUGUUAGCUGCUUAGGGUCUACACCUACACAUUGUUUGCUUUGUGG